AUGGAAGCUGGUGAUCAUCGUAGAUCCGGAGGGCACGAUUAUCGUCGUCACACAUCUGGACAUAUACACUCAUCUGAUUCACAUCCACGUACAUUUAGCGGAGGUGCAACACAUAGUGAAGUUGGUGAAGGCGGUGUAGGCGGUCUUGUUGGUGAUAGUCACGGUGGUCAUUCAUUCGGUGGUCACGAACAAGGCGGAGUAAUGGAUGCUACAUUCAUCUGGAAAUUAACUAAGCUUGGAAGAAUUGGAUCAUCACGGCUGCGAUUUGAUGAUGAUUUUGCUGAUAGGCUUAACUAUCAGUAUACUGGGGUAUUGAUGUUUCUUUUCAUUGGUCUUAUUGGAAUUCGACAAUAUGUUGGUAAACCUAUUCAAUGUUGGAUUCCACAAGAGUUUACACGUGGUUGGGAAGAAUAUGCUGAGAAUUAUUGCUGGGUAUCUAAUACUUAUUUUGCUCCAUUACAGCAUAGUUUACCUCCAGCCCCGGAUAGAGAGAUGUUACUUAUUGGUUACUAUCAAUGGGCACCAAUUGUAAUGGCUAUACAAGCUAUGUUAUUUUAUUUACCAUGUCUUAUAUGGCGUUUAUUUAUGGCUCAGUCAGGUUUCAACGUUAGACGUAUUCUACAAAUGUCAUGUGAUUCUAAUGUUCUACUACCAGAGCAUACAAUGAAAAAUGUACGCUUUAUAGCUCGUUAUAUGGAAGGCUGUAUUUAUAGACAAAGAGAUUAUAGGAAAAGAAAAUUAUCAACAGUUUUAGGAUUUUCUCCUACAAGUUACACUGGUCUUGGACAAUCACCUCAUAUACAUGUUCAUCAACACUAUUCACCCUCUUAUCCUCCUCAUCUUCAUCAACAACAACAACCACAUUCACAUCUGCACCAUCCCCCUCCACCACCACCACCUCAUUCACAUACCCAGUCACCACCAUAUAUGCCUACAAGUCAUUUUCAUCAGCAAUUACCAACAGUUAAUUCAAGACAAUCACCUAUAGGCGGUGAUGAAAAUCGUUACAAUAAUGAUCAUCAAAUAGAAUCCACAUUGAUUACAUCACCACGUCGUGAUUCUAAUACAUCAUUAUUCGAUAAAAUCAGACAUAGUUUCUCUAUAGAUGAUAAUAAUAAAAAAAGUAAAAAACGAUUACCAUCUGUUACAGAAGAAGCUAAUACAUUAGUUACAACAAUGGAAACAUUAAAUUCUAGAAAUAGUGGUGAUUAUCAUCCAAUGCUUGGACGUUUAAAAAUUGAUGAUAGUCAUACUCAACAAAAUAUAACAACAAAUGUGAAUACAACAAAUUCAUAUCGUUCUAUUCAUACAUUAUCACCUACAUUAUAUAAAUCACAAGAAAAAUCAUCAUUAAAUUUACAUAAGAAACAACAUUUACAUUAUUGUUGUACAUGUUUUUGUGGUAAACGUCAGGGAAAUUUUUUAGUUCUCUUAUAUUUUUUCACUAAAUUCUUAUAUUUAACAAAUAUUAUUGGACAAUUAUUUAUGAUGGAAAAAUUUGUUGGUAAUGAUAGUACAUUUUAUGGAUUUCGUGUAUUAUAUGAUUUAUUAAAAGGACGUGAAUGGUUUCAUUCGGGUAAUUUUCCACGUGUAACAUUUUGUGAUUUUGAAGCGAAAAAACUUGGAAAAAAUCAUAACUACACUUCCACAUCAUCUUAUAAAUGUGAUUGUCUUAUUUUUAAUCAAAUCUAUUAUACUAUACUGUUGAUUGUGAAACUCGUAAUCUUAUUAACAUCAGCUUUGUAUAUUCUGCUAAUUGUUAACAUUGAUACCUUAUAAUCAUUAAACUGAAAGUUGUUAUUCACAAAUGAAAUUAAUCAGCAAAGAAAUGUAUAUGGAAAUAAAAACAAUUAUCAUAUAAGAAAGACUAGCUAUUACCAUUUCACAAAUGAAUAUAAAUGGUAACUAAUCAUUGUUUAAAGGAAAUUUUAAAAUAAAAUAUCAUGAAUUCAUUUAUUUCAUGGAUUCUCCUCCGUUGUUUAUAAUCUAGAACCAAAGUAUUAAUCAUGAAAAAGAAAUAACUUUACAGAUUUUAUAUCAGAACCGUCUAGAAUAAACUGAGUCAAAAUGUAAAGACAAAAGAAC